GCAUAAUUGCCUCAUUGCGCAUAUCCCGCUUUUUGUUCACUUUCUCUGUCUUCUUGAACUAUUCAACCCAAGCAGGCUUUCUUUUGUUUCUUCUUGACCCCCAAAAUCAUCAAAGCCUGAUUUUGACAGGAGUUUUGUAAGAAUUAUCUGGCUGAUUUCAAGUUAUUCUGUAAUGGAUUGUUGAGAAUCAGAUGUUUGAAAGGCAAUGGCACUGUUUGGUAAAGAUGUGGAUCCAGCGUUUCAGGGAGCAGGAGCCAAACCUGGUUUGGAUAUCUGGGGCGUAGAGAAUCUUCAAUUAGUCCCAGUCCCAAAAUCAUUGCAUGGGAAAUUCUAUUCUGGGAGCGCUUAUCUAGUCUUACAUACGAUGCUGCUUAAAACUGGAAUCUGUCAGCAUGAUAUACACUAUUGGAUCGGAAGUAAUGCUAAACAGGUAGAUUCAGAGUUGGUGUCAGACAAAGCUCUUGAACUGGAUGCAGCUCUUGGGUCCUACACUGUACAAUAUCGAGAAGUUCAAGGGGAAGAAACAGAGAAGUUCUUGUCGUACUUUAAGCCUUGUAUUAUCCCAAUUGAAGGCACGUUUUCUAGAGGCCAAGCAAAUGAAAAGAGCAAGGCAUACCCAAUAAGCAUGUUAACAUGCAAGGGAGAUCAUGUUGUUCAUGUUAAAGAAGUUCCUUUUACUCGGUCAUCCUUGAACCACGAUGAUGUAUUUAUACUUGACACUGCAUCAAAGAUAUUCAUUUUCAGUGGGUGUAACUCGAGCAUUCAAGAAAGAGCAAAAGCUUUGGAGGUUGUUCAAUAUAUUAGAGAGAACAAGCAUAAUGGAAACUGUGACAUUGCAACUAUAGAUGACGGAAAAUUGGUCGGUGAUCCUGAUGUUGGGGAAUUCUGGAGCUUAUUUGGUGGUUAUGCCCCUAUCCCGAAGGGCUUACCCUCUGGUGUUGAAGAAGCAACUGAAAAUCCACUGCUGAAACUAUUCUGGAUAAACACUCAGGGAAAACUAUGUGAGAUUGGAUCUGGUGCUCUAAACAAGGAGAUGCUCGAUUCUAAUAAGUGCUACAUGCUGGACUGUAAUACCGAACUUUUCCUUUGGAUGGGAAAAUGCACAUCAGUUACAGAGCGGAAAACUUCAAUUUCUGCUGCAGAAGAGAUCCUCAGAUCUCAGGGCAGAUCAGAUUGUACCCAUUUAACCUUCUUAACUGAGGGAACAGAAACUGCUUUGUUCAGAUCAAACUUUAGGGAUUGGCCUCAAUUUGUACAGCCAAAGUUAUACGAAGAAGGUCGAGAAAAAGUAGCAGCAAUAUUUAAGCACCAGGGUUAUGAAGUGAAAGAGCUUCCUGAUGCCGAUGAAGAUGACCACCAAGUUAUUGAUUUAAGUGGAAAACUAAAGGUUUGGCGGAUAAGUUGUGAUGAUAGAACUCUUAUUCCUUCUGUGGAGCAAUCAAAACUAUACAGCGGGGAUUGCUACGUUAUCCAGUAUACUUUUCAUAAUAAUGGAAGGGAGGAGAACUUAUUCUAUACUUGGCUUGGUCGUCAAAGUGUUGCGGAGGACAGGGUUGAUGCAAUCUCCCAUAUGAUUGAUCUUGCUGAUUCCACAAAGAGUGAUACAGUCAUGGCUCAGAUCUUUGAGGGUAAUGAACCGAGUCUAUUUUUCUUAAUUUUCAAGGCAUUGAUUGUUUUCAAGGGAGGUAUGAGUACUAGAUAUAAAAAGUUCCUUGAUGAGAAAGGCAUUGAAGAUGAUACUUUUGAUGACAAUAAGAUAGCUCUCUUCCGAAUCCAAGGAACUAGUCCAUGUAACAUGCAAGCCUUCCAAGUUGAUCAUGUUUCAAGUUCUCUCAACUCAUCCUAUUGUUACAUCUUGAGGAUGGACACAUCUACAUUCACUUGGGUUGGAAAUCUUGCAUCAUCAAGAGACCACGAUCUUCUUGACAGACUGCUUGAAAUGAUAAAUCAAAUGUGGCAGCCAGUCACAGUGAGAGAAGGUAAUGAACCCGAUGCUUUCUGGGACGCUCUGGGAGGCAAGUCCGAGUACUCCAAGGAAAAAGAAAUAAAGACAUACAUGGAAGAUCCACAGUUGUUUGUAUGCGUUUUUACUAAAGACGAUGUCAAGGUCAAAGAGAUAUUUAAUUUCUCCCAGGAUGAUCUUACUACUGAAGAUGUGUUGGUACUCAACUGCCAUCGUGAAAUUUAUGUGUGGAUAGGACGCAAUUCGAGUAUUAACUCAAAGCGGGAAGCUAUUGAUUUUGUCCCGAAAGUUCUUGGUAAGGAGACUCCCAUUGGAAAGCUUUCUCCUGAUAUUCCCAUCUAUAUUAUAAAUGAAGGGUGUGAGCCGCCGUUCUUUACUCAAUGUUUCGAAUGGGAUUCUUCCAAGGCAAAUAUGCUUGGAAACUCGUUUGAGCGGAAGCUUGCUAUUUUGAAGGGAAAACAUCAAAAGCUGGAAGCGCCCGUAAGAAGCUCAUGGAAACCAUUUUCAAUGGAAACUACUCCAACUAAUUCGAGAAGUAGUUCUGUUAGUGCCAAUGGGCACAGAAGAAGUUUAUCGCCCGCAUCUAGUAUUUCUGGCUCGACUGCAAAAUCUUCAGAGAGUAUCCGACGUAUUCCUAGUCCAGCUUCUGUUACCCGAAUGCUAUUUCCAGGAUCAGAACAUCAUAAUGGCAAUGGAUUAUCUGUGCCUACCGGUAAGGCCACUACUGGCAUCCCGAAAAGCAGUCAGAUCGAGGCUGAUGCAAAUUUACCAAAAUAUCCAUAUGAACAACUGACAGUAGUGUCAAAGAACCCGGCUUCAGACAUAGACAUAACCAGACGAGAGGCGCAUUUAUCGGAUGAGGAGUUCCAAGGGAAAUUUGGAAUGGCAAGGAGCAGCUUCUAUGGGCUUCCCAGGUGGAAACAGAACAAGCUAAAGAUGAUUCUUCAUCUCUUCUGAUAUCUGUGUCUUGAUAAAGAAACUUACAGACUGUAGAAUCCAGUCAAAAAUAGGAUUUUGUUCCAAUCAUUCUGCAACUUGUUCAUUGUCAUGUCAUGAACUAUGUGUGCUGAUUUGUCAGUGUGGCUAAUUUUGUUCUGAAGUGUACAUUUGUCCCCAAAUUUGUUUGAUUUAAUGGCUUCAUUUCCUGUUGAGUGAAUAUUUAUAACCUCUGAAACAGUAUUCUAAAGUUUUAUUAAA